CUCCGUCUCUUCCCUCUGUCUCUCUGUCUCUGUCUCUGGCUUGGGAUCAGCUCUCCUCGUCCCCACGACAAUGUACGCCUGCGCCAAGUUCGUCUCCACUCCCGCCCUGGUGAAGAGCAGCUCCAGGAUGCUGAGCCGGCCUGCAGCCGGGAUGCUGAGCAGACCCGAAGCCCGGACAGAUGAGAGCCGCAUCCCCUCAGCCUCGGGCCCCCGGAGCCCGCUCCUCCUGGUCGUCCCCGACCGAGGCCUCCAGACCAGCGCCGUCGCCCGCGACAUCGACACGGCGGCCAAAUUCAUCGGGGCCGGGGCCGCCACCGUCGGGGUAGCCGGCUCCGGGGCCGGCAUCGGGACCGUCUUUGGGAGCCUCAUCAUCGGCUAUGCAAGGAACCCUUCCCUGAAGCAGCAGCUGUUCUCCUACGCCAUCUUGGGCUUCGCCCUGUCCGAGGCCAUGGGCCUCUUCUGCCUCAUGGUAGCCUUCCUUAUCCUCUUCGCCAUGUGAAGAAGUCCGUCCGUCCGUCCGUCCGUCCGUCCUCCGCCCCGAGCGGCCCCGCGAGAGCCACCGGUUCGAGAUUCAGCCGCGGGAAGUCCAAUAAAUACCGCACUGAUAACGA